ACAUCAUGCCACAAGAGGAGUGAAUUCUUCCUCCUUUUCACAAUGGAGGACUCAGGAAAGACUUUCAGCUCCGAAGAAGAAGAAGCCAACUACUGGAAAGAUCUAGCAAUGACCUACAAGCAGAGGGCAGAGAAUACACAGGAAGAACUCCGAGAAUUCCAGGAGGGAAGCCGAGAAUAUGAAGCUGAAUUAGAGACACAGCUGCAACAAAUUGAAACCAGAAACCGGGACCUCUUGUCAGAGAAUAACCGCCUUCGCAUGGAACUGGAAACUAUCAAGGAGAAAUUUGAAAUGCAACAUUCUGAAGGCUACCGGCAGAUCUCAGCUUUGGAAGAUGACCUGGCACAGACGAAAGCAAUUAAAGAUCAACUGCAGAAAUAUAUCAGGGAGCUGGAGCAAGCAAAUGAUGACUUGGAAAGAGCCAAACGAGCCACGAUCAUGUCUCUGGAAGACUUUGAACAGCGCUUGAAUCAAGCCAUUGAAAGAAAUGCCUUUCUGGAAAGUGAACUUGAUGAGAAGGAAAACCUCCUGGAGUCUGUUCAGCGACUAAAGGAUGAAGCCAGAGAUUUGCGGCAAGAAUUGGCUGUACAACAGAAGCAGGAGAAGCCCAGGACCCCCAUGCCCAGCGCAGCAGAAGCUGAAAGGACAGACACAGCUGUGCAGGCCACAGGUUCUGUACCGUCCACUCCUAUCACUCAUCGAGGACUCAGCUCUGGAUUAAACACUCCGGGAACAUUCAGGCGUGAAGGUUGA